CAUGGAGUUGUUAAAAGAUUACGCGCUCACAAAGUUGCUAUAAAAUGAAAGAAUACAAAGGCAACUCAUUCAGUUAUACACAGUGUAGCUUGGCUGAAGGUCGGCGCUUAAAUCGGGGGAAAGUUUCUUGCUUAGGAAAACCUUGUUGGUUAGUGUCGUAACUUUGACAGAUAACACUUACACUACAAAUUCUUGCUACGAUGCCAAGAGCCUUUCUGCUAAAGAGAAAUUUCGAUGACGGCAAUUAUUUUGGCGAGGGAAACCUUUCUUUCGUUCAAUACGGGGAGGAGAAAGCCGCCAGUGAGGAUUAUUCAGAUGUCAGGCGAAGCAAGAGGCCGGCAAAAAUAAAGAAGGAAGAGGAAGUUGAAUUUUUCGGUGCGUUUCAAAAGAAAAAGAAAUCGUCUUACCCAGCCGAUGUCCGAAUUGAUGGCCGAGUGAAUGAUAUGGGAAAGAUUCUGAGGUUUGCAAAUGAUUUCAUUAAUAAUGGAAAGAAAAUGUCGGGGCAAAAUGCUCAAAAAAGCAGUCUUCAGGAAGUCUCUUUUUUCGACGGGCAAGGAAUUUUUCGGGGAAAUGAAGAAAUGGAGAAGAAAUCCAACGCAUUCGUCAAACACUUCAACAAAGACAUUGACUCGUCCUCGGGCGAAGCCAAGCGGGUGUCUGCUUCAGCGCUCAAGAAAGGUUCUAAUGUGAAUAAAGCAAAUGAACUAAAUGAUACAGGCGCUAAGAGUCGCUCAGAUAAGGUCGUCCACAAAUGCAACCAGUGCGGCAAAAUUUUUAAGACCAAAUACACCUUGUCCAUCCACUUAAAAAUGCCAGAUCACACUCAGAGUCGGCCAUUUGUUUGCAACGUUUGCGGAAAAGGUUUCCGUCUGUCCAGCACCUUGUGCAGGCACAAGAUUAUUCACACAGAGAAAAAACCGCAUAAAUGCGACGAAUGUGGAAAGAGUUUUAACCGUUCUUCCACGCUCAAGACUCAUCUUCGAACACACAGCGACAAGAAAGCUUUCAUCUGCGACAUUUGUGGAAAAGGAUUUCAUCAGAAGGGAAAUUUGCGAAACCAUAUAAUGAUUCACACGGGAGAGAAGCCAUUUCGUUGCAACCAGUGUAAUCGCGCUUUCAACAAGAUGUCUAAUCUAAAGUUUCAUAUGCAUACCCAUUCUGACAACUUGCCGUACCACUGUCGAACUUGUCGAAAGCGAUUUUCAAAAAAGAUUGAUCUGAAAGAACACGUUGAAGAAGCUCACUGAGAAGAUCUAAGAGAAGAAACCACAAGAACUUUCACGAGACUGAAAUAAACUUUAUUGCACGCGAUUCCCCCAAAGCUUAAAUAAAAUUUCAUAGGUUUUAACUGAUUGCUUUGUAAUUUUCACUCGCGCGAGAAAGAACGUACGUAGCCAUUUUUGAACACAUUUUAUCUUGAGAAAAUUAAAUGUUUGCACUUAAUCCUAACAAGAUCAGCAGUAAUUAACGAAACUUGGAGAACGACAGGCUAGAAGUGAGUUUACCAACUCCACAAUGUUGGUUUAAAUUGCGAAAAAUUCGCUUGUAUAGAAAUUCAAAUCAAUUGCUCAAAAUUCAUCCAAAUUGCGUUCUUUAUUGUCCUUUUUAUACUUAUUGAGCACGAAAGCGAAGAUCUCGCGAAAAGGAAUAAUUCUACUCAUGCGAAGAGUAGUAACUAUAACCAGGCAAUAUAAGUGAAAUUUUUAACAAUAUUUUCGCACCUAAUUUUGUUAACACUAUCAGUAAUAGCAUAAUAUGUACAUCGAAGUCAAAUAAAUAAACGCAUGUCAAAAAAUUAUCAUU